UCGUGAUGGGCCUAUCAUCGUGCUUGUUGCAUGCAAGUCGUCUUGUAAUGCCAUUAUUAUCCCACACAAACAACCUCCGAUCAGCAUUCAACUCCCUACUGAUUUUGAGAAACUCGCUAGAUUGGUGGACGCACUCCAGGAGGCAGUUCAUAAAGAGGCUGGUCCUAAAGGGAAACAACCAGCGCUGACAAAAGCUUUGAGGGAGUUGUGGGGCAAUGUUGUCCGCCCGGUGGUCGAGAAAUUGGGCGAAUUUGCACCACGAGGUUCCCGAAUAUGGUGCCCGACGUCUCUCUUCAACUUCUUGCCGUUGCACGCUGCUGGCGAGUACAGGGCAAAUGGAGGGUCCCUUUCGCAGUAAUACGUCAGUAAUACGUCUCUUCACACACGCCAUAGCUUACUGCGCUGAUGAAGGCUCGCAGAAGUCAUGACAGGUGCCUGUCGAUACCCUUUGCUGUCGUUGGUCAGAAUAUCCCAGCCGGUGCUUCAUUCACUUUGGAUAGUGUGGAGCCUGAGCUGGAAUUGGCGCGGAGUCUUCUGCCGCAUCCUCCAACAGUUUCUUUCACCAAAAUAACGAGCGUUGAUGCCACGAAAUCGAUAGCACUGCGCGCGUUGCGAGAUCAUACUUGGAUGCAUUUCGCGUGUCACGGGAAACAAAAAUACGACGAACCCUUCAAUUCGGCCUUUCUCACGCGCGACUAACCGCUUUCACUCCUCGAUGUCACCCAAAUGGAUCUCUCUCAGCAUCAAUUUGCAUUUCUUUCUGCCUGUGAAACUGCAGUCGGUGACUUCGAAACGCCCGACGAGGUGAUACAC